AUGCCCCCCGAUCCGAACCAGAAUCAGGGUUCAAACGAUAAAGACAAGCCCAAGGAACCGCCCAAGAAGAAAUGGGAACCCCCUCUGCCGACCCGUGUCGGUAAGAAGAAGCGAAAGGGCCCUGCAGCUGCAACCAAACUACCGCCUGUCUUCCCAACGACGCGUUGCCGAUUGAAACUUUUGAAGCAAGAACGAAUCAAGGACUACUUGUUGUUGGAGGAUGAAUUCAUUCAGAACCAAGAACGCCUUAGACCAGAGGUCACUCGGGAAGAGAAGAAUGAAGAAGAUAGGUCCAGGGUGGAUGACCUGCGAGGAUCGCCGAUGGCUGUUGGAACCAUGGAUGAGAUUAUCGACGACGACCAUGCCAUUGUCAGCACGGCCUCCGGGCCAACCAACUACGUUUCGAUUAUGUCUUUCGUGGACAAGGACUUGUUGGAGCCCGGAUGCCAGGUGUUACUCCACCACAAGACCCAAGCAAUUGUUGGAGUGCUGCAAGACGACACGGACCCAUUGGUCAACAUUAUGAAGCUCGACAAGGCACCCACCGAGAGUUACGCUGACAUUGGUGGCCUGGAGACCCAGAUCCAGGAAAUCAAGGCAUGUGCUUCAUUGAGUCGGCACCGAGUACCUUUGGAUGCUAAUAUUCUGCUUCAGGAAUCGGUCGAGCUUCCUCUGACCCAUCCAGAGUUGUAUGAGGAAAUGGGCAUCAAGCCGCCGAAGGGCGUCAUUUUGUACGGUGUUCCUGGAACGGGAAAGACUUUGCUUGCCAAGGCAGUGGCCAACCAAACCUCUGCCACCUUUUUGCGUAUCGUUGGCUCCGAACUCAUCCAGAAAUAUCUUGGUGACGGCCCCAAACUUGUGCGAGAACUAUUCCGGGCGGCUGAAGAGCACGCUCCAAGUAUUGUUUUCAUCGACGAAAUCGACGCUGUUGGUACUAAACGCUAUGACUCGACGUCGGGAGGUGAACGUGAAAUUCAACGUACCAUGUUGGAACUCCUAAACCAGCUGGACGGUUUUGACACUCGAGGAGACGUCAAAGUCAUCAUGGCUACCAACCGGAUAGACUCGUUAGAUCCUGCCUUGAUUCGACCCGGGCGUAUUGACCGUAAGAUCGAGUUCCCUCUGCCUGACGUCAAGACGAAGCGACAUAUCUUCCGGCUGCACACAUCGCGAAUGAGCUUGAGCGAAGAUGUCGAUCUUGAAGAGUUCAUCAUGAACAAGGACGAUCUAUCCGGGGCUGAUAUCAAGGCUGUAUGCACGGAGGCUGGUUUGCUUGCAUUGCGUGAACGUCGUAUGCGAGUAACGAAGGCCGACUUCACCACUGCUAGAGAGAAGGUCCUGUACAGCAAGAAAGAGGGGACCCCAGAGGGAUUGUAUCUCUGACCACACUGUUCCGUAUCAUCUGUAUUCACAUUGCCUAAUGAAGUCGUUGGCGCUUGGGUAUCGG